AUGUUGAUGAACGAUUGUAAUGCUGUGCUUCCGGAGAAGGUCACACAGCACGUGAACAUAACGAGGAAGCUGACGAGGCCCUUGCCGGGCCAGAAAACCAGGCGCUGUUUGCGAAAAAUUGUUCGCAUUACAGUGACGGAUCACGAUGCCACUGAUUCGUCGAGUGACGAGGAAGCGGAGGUUUAUUACAGGAGGAGGGUCAGGAAAUAUGUUGACAUUGUACGAGUCGAAGCAGGCGUUGCUUCGCCAAGAAAAAGAAAGGUUUCGGGCAAUGGUAAAGGAUGUAAACAAGGCAAGCUGGCUAGGAGGCCCGUGAAUGAUUCCUCCGAGAGGAGGUAUCGUGGUGUUCGGUACCGGGCUUGGGGGACAUUUGCAGCGGAGAUUAGAGAUCCGGUGAAGAAGGAGAGGCGGUGGCUUGGUACUUACGGGACUCCUGAAGAGGCCGCAAGGGUUUAUGACACUUUUGCCGUAAGUCUCCGUGGUGCAAAAGCUACUACAAAUUUCGGGAAUCCCUCUCGGGGAUUAAAACGUUUACACUCUAAUUCGAGUAAUGAGUCCGCGGAGGGCUCACAUCAGAACGCUCUCAUUUCUCCAACCACGGUUUUACGAAAUGAGAAUCAGCCCCUUCUCGAAGAAGCCAAGGACAAAGGCAAGGGAAAGGAGAAGGUUGAGGUUGACACAGGCAAGGGAAAGGAAAAGGUCGAGGUUGAGGAUGGACCGCGUCGCGAAUUCGAUCCCAUGAACAGCUACAAGCCAAUGGACAAUCCGUUCGAGGAUGAUUAUGGCUUCGGAAGCAUGGAGCCAAUUAGUCUUGACAAUGCACCGAUUUUUCCUAACGAAGAAAUGUUAAAGAUAAAUCAUGAUGACAAGGAUCUUGGGAUUGAUCCCAGCUUUCCAUUUCCAUUGAAUGACGGAUUAAGUGGUGCUGAUUUGGGGUUUUCUUAUGACAUGAUGUAUGGCAUUGGUGCAACAGGUUCGACAUCGCGAGUGAACGAUUAUGACUUUGAAGAUAGCGAUUUUUCGCUAGCAGAUGAUUGA